CCGCCGACGUGCAAAUACGUCCUCGUUGCGGUAGCCGAAUUUCUAUCUUCGCUCGUUCGCAAGCCACGUUAUCAAGCCAACGAAAACAAGAUUAAAUUUGUAAACGCGCGAUUCUCCGGCCAGUACUAGCUGCUAGUUAAAAUUAUUAUUUUCUAACGGGACACUGAUAAAUACUUGCAAAUUGUACAUAUAUAACAGUUAAAGAGAUAAGAGUCGUAAAUUCAUCCCAGUUAAAAGGUGAAGUGUUCUCGGUAGUAAUAAUAUUUCAUUAAACAGCAAUUAUAAACUAAAAAACAGCGGUGGAUGCUGGAUACUGAACGCAGCCAGCGAAUCUAAAAAGAUGAGAACUUUCGUAACGUGUCUCCUCGUUCUGGGGAUCUGCCAGGCGAGUUUCCAGCUCGAGAAUACCGUCGGCGAAGCGGAUUUAAGAUACAGGUUGCCGUCCGACAUAGUGAUGCCGAUCGCAUACAAAUUGCAUCUCAAACCUAAUUUGGGGAGAAUCACAUUUGACGGUGAAGUGGACAUCACAUUAAUAGCGCUGAACACCAGCGAUACCUUGACGCUGAAUUCAAAAUACUUGUUCAUCUACGACGUUAAGUUCGUGGAUUUGAAUACAACAAAUACUUUGUGGAAUAAGUACCUAGUGGACAAAAGUCACGAGAUUUUGAACAUCACAAUAAAACCCCGGUUUGAAAAGGAUCAUCACUACUCGCUUCAGAUACAAUUCGUUGGAGUUUCGAGAGACAAUACGACAGGAAUUUAUAAGAGGCUCGUGCAAACGGAUGGUGUCACCGAGCACGUCGCAACAACUCAUUUUAAGCCGACGAAAGCUCGACAAACGUUCCCCUGUUGGGACGAGCCCGUCUACAAGGCAAAAUUCAACAUCACUUUGACGCAUAAUAAAACACUGCAGGCGAUCUCUAAUAUGGACGUACUAAAAAAAGAAGAAAAAGAUGGCAUGAUGACCACUUCAUUCAAAGAAACCCCAUUGAUGUCUACUUACUUAGUAGCAUUCGUUCUAAGCAAUUAUCAAUUUAAGGAAGAUAGAGUAGGCAACUUCACUUAUAGAGUGUGGACGAAGGCGAGCACGAUAAAUCAGACUGACUACGCUUUGAAAAUGGGUAGGAAGCUUCUAGAACAGCUGAACUCGUACACGAAUAUUUCGUACCAGACAUACAUGCCAGAUAAAAUAGAUCAAGUCGCGGUAAAGAGUUUCUUCCUAAACACUGCCAUGGAGAACUGGGGCCUCGUAAUUUACAGUGAAAGUAAUCUUCUUUACGACGAAAUUUUAAAUGCAACCCGCACGAAGAUGGAUGUACUCACGAACAUCGCUCACGAGUUCACUCAUCAAUGGUUCGGUAAUCUUGUCAGCCCGAAAUGGUGGAAAUAUGUUUGGCUGAACGAAGGAUUCGCCAAAUAUUUCCAAUACUUCAUUGCUCACAAAGUAGAACCUGAAUUGCGAUUGGACGAUAUGUUCGUUGUGGAGAGGAUGCAAGGAUACGCGAUGGUCACUGAUGCGGUCCCGAUGAUACGUCCCAUAAAUAAGGACGUGAUCACCCCUCAAGAACUCCUCAAGACGUUCGACGCCAUCGCUCACGAGAAAGCUGCUUCUAUUAUUCGAAUGAUGUCUCACGCUAUGACGGAAGAGGUUUUCCAUAAGGGCUUGAAAUUAUAUCUUAAAAGCCACGCGUUGGGUAAUGCGGAUUCGAAUGACCUUUUCGGAUCCCUCCAGAAAGCCUUGGACGAAAGUGGGAUUAAAUGGAAACAGUCCGUGCAAGUUAUAAUGCAUAACUGGGUGGAAUAUCCAGGAUAUCCGACGUUGACAGUUAAGAGAGUCGAUGAGGGCUACCAAUUGACACAGGAACGUUUUCUGAUCGUGUUUUCAAAAUUCCACAAAUACCGUACCAAGUGGUGGAUACCAAUCACUUAUGUCCAGGAAUCUGAUCCCAAUUUCACUAACACGACUCCUGUCGAUUGGUUUUCUCCGGACGACGAAUCAUACACCGUGCCAUCUAAGGAAAAAACGGGAUGGUUUGUUUUCAACACGCAGCAAGCAGGUUACUAUCGCGUGAACUAUGAAAUAGAGAAUUGGAAACUGUUGAUAAAAGAGCUGAACAAGGGGAACAAUACAAAAAUACACCCGGUGAACCGUGCGCAGAUGAUCGACGACGCGUUCAACUUAGCUCGUACUGAAAGUUUGAACUACACGCUCGCACUGAACGUGACACUCUACUUAACACACGAGACCGAUUACAUACCCUGGCAACCGGCGUUCAGGCACUUGGGAUUCCUGCAGAACUUGUUACGCACCUCCAACAAAUAUUACACUUUCAAGCGUUACGUGGCAUAUCUGAUGAAGGCUUUGACGAAGAACGUUGGCUAUGAACCGAAGGCGAAUGACAGCGAUCUCGUCAAAAUGCUCAGAGUGGACGCAAUGAGAUGGGCCUGCGAAGUUGGCAUCGAGGAUUGCACAUCCUAUGCUGAGAAAACAUAUCAAGAAUGGCUCAAGAAUCCUCAGAUGAAAUUGGACGUUAACCUGAAGACAGAAAUUCUCUGCGCUGGGGUCAGGAACGCGAACGAGAGCGCGUGGACUGAUACUCUGGGGUACAUAACUGCAUCUACGACCGAUGAGGACGAUAGGAAGAAUCAGCUGGUGGCUCUAGCCUGUUCCAACUCGUCUCACAUUCUGACGAAAUACCUAAACUUAACUCUUGAUUCCAAUUACCCGAUUGAUUUCAAGACCGUUGCGAAAAACGUGGUGUCCAGAUAUCCGGCCGGUUCCCAGCUGGUUUUCAAUUUCCUGCUCAAAGAAUACGAACGCAUCGAGAAAUUACCCAAUUCCAAAAUCGUAAUAGCAGAACUCGCUGAAGCGAUAAGUGAAACAAUUACGAGCGGACAGCAACAUUUUAAUUUAAACGCAUUUUUGCUGGAUAGAAGAGUGGAGGAACUGCCGGAGUUCGCCAUGGCAAAGGCGAUAAAGAACGUGAUAUGGAUUCAGAACUACAAGUCAACUGUAGAUGAGUGGUUGGACGCUAACAGUAAUUUAUUCGAUAGCCCCGAUAACGGAGGUGAUAGUGCCAGCUCGUCAUAUCUUCGUUUCGAUCGUACUAAAGGGGAGUUUUAAUAAAAUAGAAGCAUUAAAACGUAGUUUUGAUAAAAUAGACGCACCAGAGCGUAAUUUUAAUGAAAUAGGAACGAGCCAAUGGAUGCAUUAAGAGAUUUAGAAUUAAUACACCAAGAAUGUACUAAAGCGAAUCGUAAAACGGCGACAGAAAUACGUAGGGCUUCGAGUAAGCCAAUAGGUUUCAUAAAAAAUGAAUAGACAGUGUAAAUAAAUAUUUUUAUAUCCUCUCGAUGAAAGUAUGUGCAACAAUGAAAUAAUGAAAGAAACUGCGACAUUGUAAAAUGCGCUUAAAUUACUCAUAAUUAAAUACUCCACGGCAAUUAAUUAAGAGUGAAA